AUGGACGACAACUUCUUUCACAACAUCUCCCGCACUCGGGAAAGUGUGCGCCAGCUCCGCACUGCUCUAGAAGGGCUUCCAGGGACCAUACCUUUUGGUAGCUCCCAUUACAGCUUCAUUGGCUGGGAGCCCAACCCCGAAGAUGUCGAGAACUACGGAACCGCCGCCGCCGCGUUGAACCGUGAACUAGAGGUUACGUUUGCGCCGUCUGGACGUGCAGACGACAGCAGCCCCUAUGCGUUCCUGUUAUUAGAACGUGGGCCCGGCCUCACGGCUGUUGCCGACGUGCUAGCGUCUGCGUUGCAGGCUGCCCCGGACGAUGAGCCUCUCAAGAAAUGGCUCAACGACUUCUGGCGCACGGUAGCACACUAUUACAGUGAAGCUAACAAGCCGCUCCCCCCUCAACACAACGCUUCUACCAGCAAUCCCAUUGAUCCCUCGACCACUGGCGAUCCCGACAAUGUCCCUCCUGAGGUGAUCGAUCCUUGCGACUAUGUGGAUGUACCCGAGCCCGAGAAAGGAGUGGGAGGGCGUCCGGUUGACCCACGUCUUGUCCAGCUCGCCAUUCGCUGCUACAAGGCCAACGACCCCGACAGGAAUACAACAUUCCGAUGCGUUGGCACAUCGCACGGGUGCAAGUUAGCAUGGAGUUCUCAGAGGCGGAUUAAGGUGCGUAUUCUUGCUCAUGCUGCUCAAUGCGAGCACCUCCCGGCCAUUUUACGCAGCCUGAUUGAUAAGGAGUUUGCGGAGAGCGCCCCAACAGCACGACUCCUUGCUUCCUCAACCCCAGCACCCACACCAUCCCCUUCCUUGUCACCCACACCCUCCCCUCCUCUGUUAUCCACGUUGACAAGCACCUCUUCAAAACUUCGGCAAUCUUCAAUCGCCCCGGUUGCCAAGAAGGCACGCAUUGAGCAGUUGACGCGGCAGCUCGACGCCGACAUUGUCCAUUUCAUCUGCGUUGCCGGCAUUGCGCCGGCCAAGGUGGGCUUGGAUCAAUGGAAGGCGAUUCUUGCCCAUGCUGCACCUGAGUACACGCCAGCGUCACCAUCGAAGCUCGAGCAAUAUCAGAUACCUGCCGAAGCAUCCCUCAUUCGAACCAAGCAGCUUGAAGAGCUUCGCCAGUCCUCAAACCUCUGCAUCACCUUCGACGGCCAGACAAUCCGGCGCCCUCAGUCUGUCUACACCGUCCACAUCAUCACCCCUGCUCGCGCUGUGUACUUCUUCAAGGGGCAUGAGGCUUCGGAUGAGUCCCACACUGCCAUGCAUCUCUUUCAGAUGCUCGACGAGAUUAUCACGCAUGUUGGCCCCAGCCGUUUUGCUGGGAUAUGCUCCGAUAACACCGGCAACACUCGCGUUGCACGUCGCAAGAUCCAAGAAAAAUUCCCCUGGAUCAUCAACAUCCCCGACAGCUGUCAUCACAUCAACCUCCUCAUCCAGGACAUCUGUCGACUUGAGGUGUUUGCGGAGGAGAUAUCAGUCAUUCGGCGCACGAACAAGUUUUUCAGCAAGUCAACCUUCGCCAACUCUAAGCUCAAGGAUGCCCGAACCAAUCACGGUGUGUCACGCGGGUUAGACGUGAACCAUAAAUUCGCUGAUCCGGAUGACACACUUGCGUUUCAACUGGACCUGGCAACACUUCUCACCGUCAUUGGCCCUGCCGCCAAGGCAACUAAAUGCCUUGAGUCUUCCUUUGCCACCGCAGCUGAUACAUACACAUACUGGAUUGCCAUCCAGGCUUCAAUUGAGGAGCUCUCGCUGCGCAAGAAUUUCAGGCUGCCGCGGGAAGACGUGGAGCAAAUUCGAAGACUGUGCAAUUAUCAAUUUGACCAACUAAUCAAUAACGCGCCUUCAGAUAUUUUUGUUACAGCCUUCUUUUUAAUCCCGGGCAACCGCGAUUCUGGCGUUCUCAGGAAUGUGAAUCCCCUGGCUGUUCCCCCAGUGGUGAUCCGCCGCGGCGGAACCGGUAUCUACUCUGCUUCAUCUGGAUUGGGCGAGAAUGAGACCCUCAAACGGAUCGGCGCAUUCCUUGUCUCCCAGCUCCGGUUGGAGUAUGUGGACAAGAAAGAACAAAUUUGCUCUCACAAUGGCCACACUGCGCUAACAAAACUUAACAAUCAGGUGCUUGCAUACGCCAAUGGCACUUGGCCAUUCAACAAGAAUACUGCACAGGUCACCAACGAGAAUGUUUCACAGUACUGGCAAGAUUUCCUCACACACGACGAUGCAGAUGUCUUGGCGUACCUUGCCAAAAAGAUCUUCGACAUCUCUGUUAACUCGAUGGCUGAUGAACGGACCGCUUCUACGAUGGCGUGGAUGAACUCCCCACAUCGAAACGCACAGAAGAGCUCCACCUUGGUCAAUCAAAUCCAAAUCCGGCAAUGGGACUUGAUGCACGCACAAAAUGCCAAGAAGCCGGUGCAGAAGCCUACCCUGCGCUUCUCUGCUCUUCGCCCUGAUCUUGGUGAAACAGAGAUCACGCACGGCUUGAAACGACCCCGGUGCGAGGACGACUCAGAGACAAGCACAGCCACAGACUCGGAAGACAUCCUCGACACAGCUGACACCUGGCUCGAUGAAGACACGCUGUCCCCGGAGGAGAAGGACCAGAUCAGGUCUGAGGUGGUCACUGCUGAAAAUCUCGUCGGCUACAGGGAGGUCAACAUGCGGAGCGCGUUUUUGACUCGCUUCCUCGACCUUUUGUCUGACAAACCCCAGGACUCAGGGACUGCUGCAGUGAGGGGUGAAGACAACAGUCGCACUGACAAAGGGAAGAUUAGUGGCCCUGAGCCACCUAUUACAUGGGAGUUUGGUUUACCGUAG